AUGAAAAUUACUACUCUCUCCCGUCGUCAGCUCCAAUCUGACAUCUGCUACAUCCAACGAUCUUUCAACUUGAGCACUGGCUUGAAGGGCGAAUGGACCCCACAAGCCUUGGAGACGCUCAACAAAUGGUUGUCGUCGCCGAAGAAGGGCACCCGCAGCAAAGCAGCAGCUCCCCAUGCCAUCUUGGAUGGUGAUGUAAACGACAAGCCGUACACCGAGGAGGCAAAGUCCGAGAACUCGAUCGCGGAGAACCCCGACCUGGAGGUAGAGGCCAAGGAGACACAGGUAGGGGUCGAGGAGGCAAAGGACGCCGAGGACUUGCUCACAGAGAACCCCGACUUGGAGGUAGCCAAAGGCGCCAAGGAUGCCAACGACUUGCUAGAGAACCCCGAGUUGGAACUAAAGGGGGCAGAGAACACCCAGGACACAAGCAGAGAACGCGGUGGACACCAAGGAACACGUGCCGGCUCGGACUCGGAUUCCUCAUACUCGGAUUCUUCAUCAUCUUCUUGGAUUGCCUACGGAUUGGGGCACAUGAACCACAGGAUGGCAUGA